UAAAAUUAAAAAUGUAUCCAAAUCGAAUCAAUAGCAAGGCAAGUCGUAGCACGAGAGGAACAAAGACUGGGACGAAGGAUCGACAAAGUGAUCCCAAAUCAACUAGGACAAAACGUCGGAUAUCUUCUACUUCUUCUAUUGCUUCCAAACGCUCAAGGGUGGGUCUGACUCUUGAAAAAAAUAACGAUAGUGACUAUGGCGCAGAUUCAGAUGAAGAAGACUCAGAGAAGGAGAUCAAGACCGUGAGGGACUACGAAGACGCGGUUCGGCGCAAGAUGCUUAAUUCAACCACACAUCGAUACGACGAUGGUACGGAGCAAGAUCUGUUGGUUUACUCUGCCAGUUUAAUGAUGUCCCCCUUAGAGCUCCAGCCUCAGCCCCAGGCACAACGGCUAUUUGAGCAAAUGAAUCUGGAAAGCAGUGAUAGCAUGAACGCCUCAUUAUUGUUAGCAUCACCGCCUAGAGUGAUAUACAGCUUGGGGACGUUUUGUUUGCAUGCAAUCGUUAAGGAUUUUAAGCACUUGGCCUCAGAUUCGGCUGCACAGGAGAACCGAAGAGAAAGAGAAAGAGGAAGGACAAGUGGUGCACAUUUCCGGAAGCAGGUCCAGCGGAUGCCCUUCUAUCUAUCCGCAAGGCUAUUCAAGGCCUUGAAGCAUGCUAGCCCCGAGCUUUUAUCGACCAAAAUCUGGACAUCUCUGUUUUUUCCAUCGAAUCAAGAAACAGAAUCGCCAUUCAAUGGCGCUGAUGGUGGUAAUGGCGGUAGCGGUAGUAAUUGGACUUAUUACAUCACUGAUCUAGACCUUGAAGGUUUGAUCCCGUCUCAAGUGACGGAUUCAAUCCUUCACAAACAUAUACUUCAAACUCUCGGUUUGGGGCCACAGCUGGAACGGGUCAACUUGAAUGGGAUGGACAAGCUCUCAGAUAAAUUCCUGGGACAGUUUGUGAGUGCUUGUCCAUCAUUGAGGAGGUUAUUACUCAAGGGCUGUACUAAGGCAGGUGACCAAAUGUUGAGCCAGCUACCCUCCGAGUCGUUACAAGAGUUGAACAUCAGCUUUGUAGCCGCAGCGACUGCCAAGGGGAUCAAGCACAUGUUAUGGCAUUGUCGGGAAUUGAGGGUUCUCAAGUUGGCUGGCAUGAUCAAUAUUAGAGACACGAUAUUUCUGAAUCUGGAAAAAGAGUUGGCGGCGCAAGAGCCAGAGACAAGCACAGGCAAAGGCAAGGACAAGGACAAGGACAGCUCAUGUGCUGCGUUGCCAUUGCAUACACUUCAGAAUCUAAAGAUAUCCAUGACAAGUUUGGGUGAUCGCGGGUUCAAAAUCCUGAUGAGUCUCUGUGGCAAGACCUUGAAGCGAUUAGAUAUCUCAUCGACUGAGGUUAGGCGUCUAGCGCCCCUCACUCAAUUUUGCAUUUUUGAAGACCAGUCAACAACAACCUCACCUAGCCACAGGACGACAUGUCUCGAGAAACUGAACCUGACACGACUCAAGUUAUACUCGCCGAACGAUGUCUUGACAUUUUUCAAAAAACUUCCGCUUAAUAGUCUCCACACUUUGUUAAUGGGAUAUCUUACAUGUGGCGAUAUUCCUAUUGAAGAUGGGCUUUUGUAUAAGCUUCUCGAACCACUGAUUAUACACUCUUCUAUUACCAAGAUACCAUCAUCAAAUGGUGAUAGUGAGGAAAACAAUCAACCAUCGCCGAUACUAUCAAACUCAGUAACGCUACAUUCGCAUCCAGAUGUAUUUUUUGCUCCUGUAGCCGUUCCUCCGGUUGUCCAGCGCACAGAAUACCGCUUGCAUACCCUUUCGCUUUUCGGGAAUUCACAAGUUGGCAAAUCUCGAUUCCAGAACCAUUGCCUGCAUCUACUAUUCCAGCAUCUCUCACCGUUUCUGAGGCGCCUCGAGCUUGGAUAUACGCAAGUCAAGGCACCUAUUCUCAAAGGACUGCUUCCGCUUGAACCAAAUCAAGUAAAUGUAAGCCUUCAAGAGGUGAAAGUAUCAUCAGAGGGCGAUUAUUUAGCCGAUAACUACACACUUGUGGAGUUAGGAUUAGAUGAGACACCGAUGGGGGAUGACGCCGCCAUAGUACUAUCACGUUUCCGAGGACUAAACCGGUUGUCGUUAGUCAAUACAAGGAUGAGUAAAGAGGCGGUUGAGGAAGUGAUCAAGGCAUGUCCGUUGUUGACCAACUUGGACUUGAAAAGCUGUCGAGCCAUUCCGAUCCUGCAUCGGCGCACACUUUUGAAAGAAGUUCGACAGCAGACGGCGUCACACCUAGUCAUAGAGUGAGAGGAGCGAUAGCAACACUAGCAUGCUGUAAACAGAACAGCAACUGCUACUAAUUUAUUCAGGUG